UAUAUGGCAUCUUCUGCUAAUUUCCUAGUUUGUUUAUCAUCAUUUAUGCUUCUUCUUCUUCUGCUUUCAAGCAGGAGUAAUGGAGCAAGAAUGGAGGCUGGAGGAGAAGAAUACAGGAGGGAAAGACUAACCAAGUUCAAUAAUGUGUUUGAGCCGAGGCCAGACAUCACCUCUUAUCCGGCUGCUGAUAAGAAUGACCAGCGGCUCUUUCUAAAGGACUUUGAGCCGAGGCCGGACGUGACCUCUUAUCCGGCUGCUGAUAAGAGUGGUCGACUCUUUGUAAAGGACUUUGAGCCGAGGCCAGACGUCACCUCUUACCCGGCUGCUGAUAAGAGUGGUCGACUCUUUGUAAAGAACUUUGAGCCGAGGCCUGACGUGACCUCUUAUCCGACUGCUGAUAAGAGUGGAAGGCUCUUUCUAAAGAAUUUUGAGCCAAGACCGGACGUCACCUCUUAUCCGGCUGUUGUUGAUAAGAGUGACCGACUCUUUUUAAAGGACUUUGAGCCGAGAUCGGUCACUUCUUAUCCGGCUUAUCCGGCUGCUGAUAAGAGUGACCGACUCUUUCUAAAGGAUUUUGAGCCGAGGCCGGACGUGACCUCUUAUCCAGCUGCUGAUAAGAGUCACCGGCUCUUUCUAAAGGACUUUGAGCCGAGACCAGACGUGAUCUCUUAUCCGGCUGCAGAUAAGAGUGACCGGCUCUUUGUAAAGGUCUUUGAGCCAAGGCCGGAGGUGACCUCUUAUCCGCCUGCAGAUAAGAGUGACCGGCUCUUUGUAAAGGUCUUUGAGCCAAGGCCGGACGUGACCUCUUAUCCGGCUGUUGAUAAGAGUGGCCGGGUCUUUCUAAAUGACUUUGAGCCGAGGCCGGAUGUGACCGCUUAUCCCUCUGCAUAG